CAUCAACUAACAAAUGAAAAUGAUAUAGUGAAGUUAAUAAAAACAAUAUGCUAAAACAUUUUUUGGUGGUUAUUACAGCAAUUUCUGCCUGUAGUUUUCUUUAUGGAGUAUAUAAUUAUAAUGUAGAAAUUGAGUCCAAUGCUUGUCAAAUGACGUACAUGUUUGCACCACCUCAGUUCUCGAGAAUAGACUUCGAAGAGAACGACAAGUUUCGCAAUUACGGAUUGUAUUACUACAAUGAAGGCCGUAUAUCAAUUGAAGUGCACAACACUCAAUUCACUGGAGCACCCGUUAUUUUUGUACCAGGAAAUGGAGGUUCUUAUAAGCAAGUACGUUCCUUGGCAUCGGUAGCAUUGAGAAAAGCCAGAGAAAGUGCUACUGGAAUUCAUUUGGAUUAUUUUACUAUCGACUACAACGAAGAGCUUUCAGCGCUUUAUGGUGAUUAUUUGGAGCGCCAAACUUUAUAUUUAAAGACUUGUAUAAAGAUUGUUAGAAAGCUUUAUAAAAGUACUGAACAAGCUGCAGUAAUUAUAGUUGGACAUUCUAUGGGAGCUGUAGUAGCACAAGCAGUUUUAAGAGAUCCAGAAUUUUCUAAAUUCAUCAAUACCAUAGUAUCCUUAUCGUCUCCUAUAAAUAAGCCUAUUUUAGUUCUUGAUGAAAAAAUACAUGCAUUUUAUAAAAGUAUAAACAAAAAUAUAUCUGUUAGACGGUCCUCUUUGAAAUUAAAUAAAAAUUCAAAUUUUUGUUGCGCUACAUGCAGUCGCUUUCUAAUAAGCAAUCAUACCAAUAACGCAGAUAAAAAUUUGAAAAAUGUAUUGAUAAUCACAAUUGGUGGUGGUAAUCGUGAUGUACUGGUUCCACCUGGCUUUACAAUUUCAAAAUAUAGCGAUAUACAUGCAAUGACAAUGUCAAUACCUAAAGUAUGGUUGAGCUGUGACCAUUUGUCCGCAGUCUGGUGUCUUCAGCUGGUGCAGGUUAUUAAUAGAUAUAUGUUUGACAUCUCUGCCAGUGACAAGCAAAAUUUCAUUUACUUUACUAAGGAUAGAAUACGUCGGGAGCAGGCUGCCCUUACUCACUUCGUGAAAUUAAAUAUAAAUCAAUCAAAAGAAAUAAAUAUUGAACAGGAAGGUAGACAUAACAGUGUAUGGCGGGAAGACACUUUAAGAGUAUUUUCGAAAGCGUUUAAAGAAGGAUCCAAAAGUAAUUUUAUACAGUUAAUUCCACUACGGAGACAUAAAAAACAUACGAAAUUAUGCAUUGAUGUUACUCAAUUGGAGUCGGAUGACUUUCUUUUUGGAUGCACUGUAAAGUCUAGAUUUAAAAACGACUGGUUCUGCCAGGACAAAGCCUCACUUUCUCAUAAUUUCCAAAUAUUGCCAUCUAUUAAAAAUAAAAUGCGUUCAGUGGCAAUACUAGAUAUUAACAAUUUGAAGAAAACGUACGUAAAUUGGACCCAUGUUGGUUUCUUCGUUCGUGCUUCUCGCAAACCGAAGGUGUAUCACGUUGAUAUGUUUAAUCCCGCGGAGAGAAAUAUGGUCUUUAACUUACCACGCUGGUCUACUUUUCAAAAAACAAUUUUAGUAAAUGAAAGUUCACAAGGAACACUAUAUUAUAAACUCUUAGUUCAAGGUAUUGAAGAAACUUUUCCGACUAUUGAAUUGAGAAUUGUACCGUUAUCUUGUAUUGGGGAUCUGAAUUCAAUUAUCAUAAAAAUGUGCAUACCCUGGGCGCCAGGAUUUAACAAAUAUCAAAUUAUUCGCGAUCCUUCAGCAGAAGUAUUUUAUGUGAAUGUUCCUGUUUCUAGUCCAAUUGGCUAUAAUUCAUCAAUGAAUCCGAUUUCGUUAGAAAUUUUUUUGGAUCCACUUUGUCGAUAUCAAAUAAGUUACAAAUUUUCGAUUGUGGGCACAAUGUCUAGAAUAGCUCAACAGUUUUGGCACUGGCUGCCGUCGCAUCUAACAGCUGUUAUACUAGUUAUCCUGAAAAAUCAAAUAAGUAAAUUCCACGAUGAAUCAAAUACUAAGGGUAUUCGACCAUAUCAUGGGUAUUUUCAAUAUGCUUCGUUAUAUCUUAUAACCGGUUGUCGUGUAUUGUUCAAAUUUUUAACACACUAUGAUGAUAACGAAAGUGGGCGAGAAAUUUCAAUUUAUCCGGCUGUAAUUAUUCAUGGCACCGCUAUAGUAUUAUCAAUAUUACUUGUUUUUUCAGUUUGGACUGCAAUCAUUCUAAAUGCGUAUGGACUUUCUAAACUAAUAAAUUGGUUUUUACUGAGGUCGGUACUCUUGCCCAUAACAGACACAUUCCCAAUUUUAUUUGCCGCAUUCCUGAUUUCGCUGGCAAUAAGGACAUGUGGAACAGUGGCACUAAUCAUAACAUGUGCCUUAUAUUUAUUGUUGAUAUCGAAUGCUUACAGCGACUACUUGGAGAAUUGGUUACUAAAAACAGCAGUGUCGUUGCAUGCAAAAGUUCGUAGCUUUUAUGAUAAACAAAAUGGAAUAAAUACAACACCAACAACAGGCAUAUCAAGCGAUACAACUAGUCUUAUGAGUUUAAUUCGUUGUGAUGGAAUGAAUAAUUUCUCUUUUCACUUAUCUCUUUUCAACUUGCUUACUAUUAUGACUUUUUUGAACAGCAUGACUUUCGUUGCUUGGAUGAAGGAUCGCAGAAUUGUAAGUCGCGGAACAGACCCAUCUCUACUUCCCACUGUAAUAGUCAUAUCUUCCUUGAGUCUUUUAUGGCGAUUAAAAUCACCUAAAAAAAUCUUUUCUUUCCGAAUUGGCUACCGAAUAGCAUCGUUACUCAUAUAUAUGGGUGCUGGAGCUUGCAUUAUUUACUGCCAGGACGCAUUGUAUAAGCUAAACUAUUUAAUUGCCGGAACUUUUGUAUUGAUAACAGUGAUGGAAUUGGUAGGACAAUGUUAUAAGAAAUUUAGCCUUUGAAAAUGGUAAAAAGAGAAAAACUUAAUAGUAAGUUGAAAUCUAUUGGGAAUGGGAAGAUUUAAGGAAAAACAAUUUAUGCACCUUUAGUCGGGAAGAUGAAGAUGAGGAAGAGGUUAAAUUUUAAGAGUUAAGGGCUUAUCUCGAUUUCCUUGAAAAAUUGAAAUAAGCAAGUUUUUGGUUCAUUAUUUGUUAUUUCUUUUAAAGAAAUUUUGUUAAAAUUUAACUUUUUAUUUUUUAUUUAAAAUAUUCAUUUCUUUGCCAUAUUAUGUUCAUCGGAAAAAGACUAUAAUUUUUAGAUUAUAAACAUUGGUUAACAAAAUUUUAACAUUCAUUGUCACAUAUAAGUUAGAUCAAAUUUUUUAUGUACGCGUACAAGAGCCAUUAAACAAUAAUAAGUGAAUGAAAAGAAAUUAGCACGUUAGGUUUUCUUUUGAUAUUAAAAUAUGUAUAUUUUCUUCAAAAAUGCAAACAUAUACAUAUGUAG